CUCGGCGGGCAGGGCGGGAAGCAGUCGUAGCGCCAGGCGCUGCUGCAGCAGCUGGGGACCUGCUCCCUCCCUACCAGCGCCUUGGGCCUGAGGCGUUACGAGCUGCUUUCGGCCUCGUCGUUGCGCCUACACAUUCUUCGGAGGAUGGCUGUCAUCCUGCGGAGGGGCCUUCCACCUGCAGCCUUCCACCCCCGGAGAGGGGACCCCGGGGCAGGUCGGCCGGGGCUGCCUGGGGUGGGCGGCUCGAAGCAGGGCAUCGCGUGUGGCGGCGUGGUUGUGGGGGGAAGAGAGGCCGGAGGGAGCCGCAGAUUCCCCGACUCCGGAUCAGUUUUGCCUCCUCCCGCGCCGGCGCCCCAUUGGCUCCCCUCCGUGCCGCUCUCCCACUGCCUUCGCUUAUUGGGCGAUGCGGCUGCCUAGUCCCGCCCCCUACUUCCUCGCGCCCAUUGGCUGUGUGGUGACCGGCCUGAGGAGUGGUGGCCGUGGCCGUGGCGGUGGCCGUCCUGGUGGGGCUGGGGCCGGGGGUGGGACGGGGACCGGGCCUUCACUGCCGAUCGUGGCUCCCUAGGUGUGGCGUGGCAACCAGAGCGUGCCCAUGGCAGCUGAGGCUUAUAGCUCCUCUGAAGGGGGCCUUCUGCCUUCACCAAUAGGCUUAGUCCUUGCUCUCUUGAAUGACUCUGAUAAGCUAAGUAGAUCAUACCCCUGGGACAGAAAAAGCAGGAAAAGUCAGCUCUCUGAACUCUGCCGGCUUAGAGCAUCUCUUUCUGGGGAGAAAUGGAGCUCUUACUGUUUGUCUUCACUGGCAGCUCGUAACAUUUGUACUAGCAAAACUGGUAACUCAUGGGCUCAAUGGGCUCCUGCCUCUCUCUCCACUUCCAUUGGAAGUUCUGCUUCUUGCUCCUUCUUGCAUGCCCUUGCCGUGGAGGAAUCCAGCCAGCACCUCCCAACUGCUGCACGCAAUCCAAACAAAGCCAUCUUCACCGUGGAUGUCAACACAACAGAGAUCCUAGUGGCUAAUGACGAAGCCUGCAAGCUGCUUGGGUGCAGUAGUCAGGAAGUCAUUGGUCAAAAGCUGUCCUGCUUGAUAUCCAAAUCCAGUCAAGAAGUAUGGGAAGCUGUGGGUGAGGAGUACAUAGAAACUGAUGAAUGUUCAUCGGUGGUUUCAGGAACUGUGGUGGAUAUUAUAGGCCGUCUCAAAGAGAAGAUCCCUGUCUCGGUCUGGCUGAGGCGAAUAAGAAGCAAGGACAGCCAGUGUUGUGUGGUUGUGCUGGAACCAGUGGAAAGACUUUCAGCCUCUGUUUCCUUCAGGGUUGACGGAGAGAUUACAUCAUGUGACCUCCUUUUUGCCCAUCUCCAUGGCUACCCAACAUUGGAAGAAGUAGUUGGGCUCCACAUAAAGGACCUGAUUCCUUCUGUGCAGAUCCCUCCUCUAGGCAAAAAAAUCCCAAAGAACCUCAGGAUCCAGCGAGCUGUAGGCCGAUCCAGAGAGGGUAAUGCGUUUCCUCUCAGUUUAAAGCUGCAAGUAAGCCUUCUGGAGGAGGACCAAGCGGCAGUGCAGAAAGAUGGUGUUCUGCAGGCAGAAAAAGAAGGCUCUUUCACAGGCUAUCAUUACUCUGCUACAGUCGUUUUCUCCACCAUCAGUGGUCUUGUUACUGUCGAGUCAGAUGGAACCAUCUGUGGCAUCAAGGAUAGUUUUGCUUUAAUGCUCUUCGGCUAUGAGAAGAAAGAACUGUUGGGAAAGAACAUUACAUUCCUGAUCCCUGGUUUCUAUAACAACAUGGAGAGAAGCAGUGACUGUUCUUUGCCAUUACCUCCUCUUGACGACUCCAUGGGGACAGAGGACAGCAGCUUCUUGGCUGCAUCUUUAGCAAGCCUUCUGUCAAGAGAUGAAGAGCAGAAAUUGAAACAAAGACACAAAGACAACAAAUUAAUACAUGAUGAAACUAAACAAAAGAAUGGGACUGGUUUAUUUUCUACUCUCUCACCUCCUGCAGUGGCAUCCACACCCUCUAAUAGCAAAGACAGCAUUGCUACCAAUGAGCUGUCAGCCCACCAUAGAGAGCCUUACCCUGAAACCUGGCUUGACAGAAUCAGAGCAGUGGAACAGUGUAGAACAGUGGAAAUGGCAGGAUCAAAUAAUUCUCAAAAGAUGCUCUCUGCAAGGCUCUCUCCCAUGUCAUCUGAUUCAGAACAGUAGGAUUUAGGUCAGAACAUGAAGAUUCCAGUAAGAAGCAGUGAUAGUGCAGUAUCUGGUGCAUCCGAGACUCAAAAUGCCAGUGAGACUAGUAUCUUGCCUAACCAACUACAAGUUCAUCAUCAAGACCUCAAGGAAGUAAAUUGUCGGCAGGUCUGUAGAUUACUGUAUGAAAUGCUGAAGCAUCAGCACUCCACUGAUGCCUGGGAACAGGCUUCUUCAGCAAAUGUUGCCUGGUCGCCUGUUUGUUCUAGGCUAGAAGGCAAUCUAGAUACUGCAUCCUAUGGCCCAAUUAAGCUGUCUUCUGAUGUUACUUGUAACUCACCUGGAACACCAACAAUAGAUGAACCAUUGUCUGGGGCAACACUGGACUACCGACAAGGCUUUCAAAGCCACAUGGUUACAGGGCAGUUGUCAAAAAAAAACUUGAUGUGUGAUGCAAAACAUUCCAGCCUUGAGCAUGUUGUUGUUGAAAACUGCCUGCUAAAUGAUGCUUCAUCCUUCUUUGCAAAUGGAAGAAAUACUAUCCAUGAUGUUUGCUCAGGAAAUAAAACGGGUUGCAGUGCUUCUGCACCAGGAGUUGCCAUGUCCUCUGAAGAUGUUAAAGAAUCAGACACUGAGCUGAACUGUGUUUGCUCUGGUCUUGAGGUACUGGGUCUGAAUAUUGAUGUCAAGGAGAACUCAGACAAUUGUUUAGGUAUUACUGCAGCUCUUGCAGGAGCAUCCUCCACUAAUGCAGCAGACUUGGCUGUAGGCAAUAUGCUAACUCAGAAAAACAGUGCCUUUUCAACUGGGCAAGAAAAGCAGCUGUUGAAUGGUGUUGCCAUAGAAGAUGGUUCUGGGUGGCUGGCCUCCCAAAGGCAUGUAGAAAACUCUGAGGAAUCCUCCAAAGCACUUCUUGAGAAGCCUGAAACUCUUGCAGAGACUGUGGGGGACAACUUCAACAGAAACCCACUGAAAAGCAAAGGUAGUCCUGAAGAAGACUGUCAGUUGCAUGGGCAGCAAAAUAUGGAGAUAAAAGGAACAUCGACCCCAGUGAAACAAGAAGGAAGGCUGAAUCCAGCAGCUCCUUUGACCUUGGAGAUUCUAGAAGGCAGCUACGCUGGGAAUUGCUGCCACAGAGAUGGUUCACAAUUAAGUAUACUCUUCGAAGUGAAACGUGUAGAACUGCAGGGCCGCGCCAUACUUUUCUGUGUCUGGGUGGUGAAAGACCUUCUACAGAGCCAGAAGGAAGCUGUAGCAAAGAGACAGCUUUUGCUCUCCAGUCUAGCAAGCUCUGCCCAGUCUAUUGCUGAUCUUUCCACAAAUAAUCUUGGAGAAUCCAUCAGAUCAACCUCACUUUUUGAGAAUUCCCGAAGAGCUGAAGAGCUUGAAGGAUUAAGGGCAUGUGAGGGAGAAUACGCAAAAAAUUACAACACUCUCCAUCUUAUUGGCAAAGGAUCUUUUGGCUUUGUCUGGACUGCCAGGGGCAAGAAAGAUCACCAGGAGGUUGUCGUAAAGUUCAUCUGGAAGGAGAGGGUGCUUGAGGACUGCUGGGUAGAUGAUCCUGAUCUGGGGAGAGUUACUCAAGAAAUUGCAAUCCUGUUGAAGCUGCAGCACCCCAGUAUCAUUAAGGUGCUGGAUGUAUUUGAAAAUGAACACUUCUUCCAGCUGGUGAUGGAGAAGCAUGGCUCUGGUCUGGAUCUCUUUACAUUCAUUGAUAAUCAGCCUAACUUGGAUGAGCCAUUAGCAAGCUAUAUAUUCAGACAGCUUGUAUCAGCUGUUGGGUAUCUCCACUGCAGAAACAUCCUUCACAGAGAUAUCAAGGAUGAAAACAUUGUCAUUGCUGAAGAUUUCACAAUUAAAUUAGUGGACUUUGGUUCAGCUGCCUACCUGGAACCCGGCAAAUUGUUUUAUACCUUCUGUGGGACAAUUGAAUACUGCUCACCGGAAGUGCUGUCUGGCAAACCGUACCAUGGCCCUGAGCUGGAGAUGUGGUCACUUGGUGUCACCCUUUACACCCUAGUACUGGGAGAGAAUCCCUUCUGUGAGCUGGAGGAGGCUAUGGCAGCUGUCCUGAAUCCUCCUCGGCCUGUGUCAAAAGGUCUCAUGGAUCUCAUCGCCGGGCUUUUGCACCCUGUUCCAGAGCAGCGCACAACUCUAGCCAUGUUAGCAGAGGAUUGUUGGCUGAAGCAGCCUGUGAACCUGGGUGCUUAUAGCUGGGAAGAGGUGUACAUCUCUGCUGAAACAGAAAGCAGCAGAUUCCGAAACAGUUCCAGCGAGCACGCACACAGAGACGGGCUCCCCGCUCCACACAUGGAGAGUGAGCCGUGCUUGAAUGGUCCCGGCUGUGAGCGUGCAGAUCCUUGCUGGGAAGAAGCAGCGGCUGUGGAGUGCCAGGGCUCAGCUCUGGGCCAUUGCAGCCAUCCCUCUCCACAGCGCCCCGUGGAACAGUAACUCCCUUACUACAGGGGACACGCUCAAGAACCAACAGGAAUUAAUUGUAAGCGCUUCUCUCUUGCAGAAAGAUUGCUGCUGCUUCUCUCUUGUAGAAAGAUCUGGCGGUCAGCACUGAGCGGUAGGCAGGGCUGUUCUGCCUGGGCAGGAUUCUUCUAGAAAAGCUUCUCGCUAAUAAGCAUUUAGAAUUAUUCUUAUACAAGGAUGUGUUUUAAAGCUGAGAGGUGAAGAUUUCAAUGUCUUGUUUAAAUUGGUCGUAAGUUAGUUAGAAUGUAUUUUUAUUGCCUGUUUUUACUUUUUAUAUGCAGUUUCACUCUUUCUGAAAAGUGAACAAAUAAACGUUGACUGCCCUCUG